GUUUCUUAAUACAAAGAAACAUGUCUGAGGUAUCGUUAUUCUAGUGAAAGUACUUUUUUCAGAGAUUGUUGCCACGAUGCUUUUUCGAGUUAUAAUGGAGAGUAGUACAACAACAGUGAUGACAAAUCGCAUAUCGAUAUGUAGUCUGGAAGCGGAUACGGGAUCAUGUCUGUUCAGCAGAAAAAUCUUGAUUGGCUUCUUCCUUUUUAUAAGGAUGAGGCUUAGGCCCAGCGACGCUUAAAGGACAUAAGUAAAACAGCCGGCUCGUUUUCCCUCUAUCUUAGGCUUCUCCCUUCACGCAAUAUAGUGCAC